AACAGGCAAACAUCCGCGUCGCGUCCAUCAGACGAAUAGAUCAGUCUGCAUUGUUUCUUGGACAGCUCCGACACCGGGCCUAUUAGCCUCCAGGAAACACUCUCAUCUUCUGGAGAAGUCAUAGAGUCAUCUUAUGGCCUAUUUGGGGGAUGAUGACACCAACCUUUUAUGGUGUAGAGGUAGAUCCAAUUCCACAUCCAGAAUUCACUGUGGCCAGAACAAGUCAUGACAUCAUGCUUCUGGAGAUGAUGUAUAAUACUGAAUAUGACGAGUAGGACAGGGCCGAGAGCCUUGGGAAUGUAGCGAGGCUGGUGGAGUAAUUGAUUAUGAGCGACACAUGCGCCACUCACCGGUCUCAAGUCCCACGGAGGAGCUCUGGAAGGAUGAAGGGAGGAGUAACAAAGCUAAAAACCAUUGCAACUUUGAACAGAACUGUGAAUACUAUCGCUUUGCCAAAACUUGAGAUUGAAAAAAUAUCCAAGGACUGCAUGGUCAUGGGUUGGGGCUGGCAAAAUUAUGAUAACGAGUCUCCUUCAGAUGUGCUCAAAGAAGCAAAGGUGACUCUGAUAGACUCUGAAAACUGUGGCACGGCUGAUACUCUGUGCACUCAGGAAUCAGCUGGACCAGCACAGGGAGACGGUGGGGGUCCACUUGUUUGUGGAGGUGUUGCACAGGGAAUUGUGUCAUUUUACAAUACCAAAACAAAGCCAUACCUCACAGUGUACACUCAUAUUUCCCACUACUUUUCAUGGAUUCAUGACCACAUGAAACCUACUCAGUAGCGAUAUGAAACAUGGAAGGGCAAGCUGGAUAAACUCAUUUAGUUGUCUGGUUCAAUGCAAGUUCUAUCAUUUAUGUUUGGGUUCAGUUUUACACCAAUCAUGUGUGAUAUUAAAUGUGCACAUUUAAAAUAAAGGCUCAUUUGUAACCCUUUCA